CCCUUGUGCGCGUGGGGGACUCGAGGACGGGCGGGGGGCGGCGGGCGGCGGGCGGCGCGCGCGUCACUCGCGCACGCGUCUCGGCGCCGCCGCGCGUCGUCGUCGCCUUGAUCUUGGUCGCGGCCGCACCGGGGGGCUGCCGCUCAGCGCCGGCCUAUAAUAGCUGGGCCGGCGCAUCCCCCCGGCUCCAGACUGGUCCGCACCGCCGGCAGACAUGUUCCGCACGCUGUGCCUGCUCGCCGCCGCCGUCGCUGCCGCAUCAUCCGCCGCCGCCGCCGCUACUGCCGCCUGCAAGCCCUGCACGUGCGGCGUGGCGCGGCGUGGCCGCGUUGUUGGUGGCGUGGCGGCGUCGCCGGGCGAGAUGCCGUGGGUGGCGGCGCUGCUGCGUGACGGACGCGUCGUGUGCGGCGCCACCGUGGUCGCCAGGGACCACCUCAUCACCGCCACACACUGCGUCUAUGAUGUGGAGGUGUCGCGGCUCGGCGUGUUGGUGGGCGAGCUCGACGUGAACAGCACCCGGGCGCGCGCGCUGCACGUGUCGCACGUGACGCAGCACCCGGACUUCAACCGGUACAACUACGACAACGACAUCGCGGUCCUGCGCCUCGAGGAGCCGCUACCAGAUGCCCUGUACAGAGCCGCCUGCUUACCAGAUGAUGAAGAAAAUCUUAGCGGUUCCGAUGCUGUUGUCUCUGGCUGGGGAAGCACGGUGGAAAAGGGUCCCGAAUCAAAUAUUCUCAUGAAGACGACUGUUCAAAUUUGGAGCGAAGAAGAGUGUUCGGGCGCUGGUUACGGGCGCAGCAAGGUGACGCCGCGCAUGCUGUGCGCCAACGCGGCCGGCCGGGACGCGUGCACCGGCGACUCCGGGGGACCGCUGCUCCUCUCACAACCUCACUACACUAUAGUCGGCGUGGUGUCGUGGGGCCGCGGGUGCGCGCGGCGCGGCUACCCGGGCGUGUACUCGCGCGUGGACCGGUUCCUGCCCUGGCUGCGGGUCGCGCUGCGGCACGCCUGCACCUGCACGCCGCCCGCCUGAUACAACCACGCUAUUCAUUACAUUUAUAUUUAAGCUUUAAUGAAGCCAGUUAUAAAAACGUGUCUGUACAAAAUCCUACAUACUAAGGCAACUAUUUUAAUGACAUAUUUUCUAAGUUGUAUUGUGAUCAUUCUAAAUACAACAAUGUGAAAGGUACACACAGCAACAUAUCAGGACAAAUUACUGUAAUAAGUUUUAACGAUUUUAAUGUUCUGUAAUCGAUUGUACUGUCAAUUCGACUUACCAAAAGAGUUUUAGUUAAGAGCUUUGUUGUACAUUGAACAAUUAUUUUACUUUUUAUUUAUAAAGUAAAUAAUAUACACAUACGUAGAGAUAUUUAAAAUUAAAUAAUGAAAUGAGGCUCGAACACGUUUAUCAGUAUUAUUAAUUAUUAUUAGAAUGUAAUUAAAAUAAACGUUUGUAGAUUACAUUGAUUAUAGGUACAGUAGGUAGAUAUUGUUAGUUAUUUUAAGCAUGUUACUUCCUAUUUAGAAACGAUGGCUGUGAAAUGUUAAAAAUUGAAAAAUCGUUAUGUAGGAUACUUACCCAAUUAAUUUAAUUCAAUAAACAAUUUUAUUUUAGUCAUAUUAUGCAUAAUCUAUUGUAACUAGGCUGUCGCCUCUGAUUUCUUAGUUUGUAUUAUGUUACAUUUACUUUUAUAUGUUAACUACUUUAAAGAAUAUUAUAAGUGAUUUUUUUUCACAUCCAAAAUGCAAUUUUGUCUAAAGCAUACAACAGACGAAUAACAUGUCAUAAUAUUUCACCAUAAGAUAUCUUUAAAAACAUAUUUUUUUAAAGGCGGAUCUAGAUUUGGCGCCACGGGGGGGGGGGGGGGGUGUUCACGUAGUUAAUCACAAUGAUCAAGUCAUAAAAAGUUAAUUUUUGAAGUAGUUAAAUAAAAUCUAUAUUGGAACAUAAAUUAUAUAAAAACAUUACGUAUAACAAUUUAAUUAGAAGUCCACCGAGGUCCAGUCCAGUCAUAGACCCUGCCCAGGCGGGAGUCAUGACCCCGUGACCACCCCCCUGGAUCUGCCCUUGAUAUUUUAACAUCUUAAGUUAUAUAUUUUUACACGGAUAAAAUUACGAUAAUAUAAAUGCUAUAGUAUUUCGUAUUUUAAGAUACCAUCUGAACCUAUAGAAUAUAGUAUGCCUAGCCGUGUGUACUGGGUCAUUGGAAUGUAGGGUGUAGGGUGAUGUAGAUGCUAUAUUAUGAUAUCUAAAGAUAUCAUAAUAUAGCAUCUUAUCCGUCUAUUACGACCGAGAAUCUAAGCCAGUCUUAAUUUGAUGGUUUUUUUUAUUAUAAGUUAUUGUAUGUCAAAAAUGGGCACUAUGACCUUGAAUGAAAAAUAUAUUAGUGUAGGUAACUACUUAUAAUAGCUAAAUAAGAUAGAUAAUAGCUACCUAUAUAGCU